CCCCCCCCCCGGGUAGCGGCCGCCGGCAUCCUCAGUGUGGGCAACGUGCUCAACUACCUGGACCGGUACACGGUGGCAGGUGUGUUACUAGACAUCCAGCAGCACUUUGGAGUUAAAGACAGCGGGGCUGGCUUGUUACAGACAGUUUUUAUCUGUAGUUUCAUGGUUGCAGCACCAAUCUUUGGUUACCUUGGUGACCGGUUCAACAGAAAGAUCAUUCUCAGCUGUGGGAUCUUCUUUUGGUCAGCUGUCACUUUUUCAAGCUCCUUCAUCACUGAGCAGUAUUUCUGGCUCCUGGUGCUCUCCCGGGGUCUGGUUGGCAUCGGUGAAGCAAGUUACUCCACUAUUGCACCAACCAUCAUAGGAGACCUGUUCACCAAAAACACCAGGACCCUUAUGCUGUCUGUGUUCUACUUUGCAAUUCCUCUGGGCAGUGGCUUGGGAUACAUCACUGGGUCGAGUGUGAAGCAGGUUGCUGGAGACUGGCACUGGGCACUGCGGGUAUCUCCACUCCUAGGAAUGAUAACAGGGACGCUCAUCUUGAUAUUUGUGCCUGCUGCCAAAAGAGGAAAUGCUGAACAACUUGGGGGGCAGCUGAAGGCUCGGACUUCAUGGCUGAGGGACAUGAAAGCAUUGAUUAGAAACCGCAGCUAUGUGUUCUCCUCCUUGGCCACCUCAGCUGUCUCCUUUGCCACGGGGGCACUGGGGAUGUGGAUCCCUCUGUAUCUUCACAGAGCACAGGUUGUGCAGAAGACAGCAGAGACCUGCAGCUCCCAGCCCUGUGGCACCAAAGACAGUCUGAUCUUUGGAGCAAUCACUUGCUUCACUGGGUUCCUGGGUGUGAUCACAGGGGCAGGAGCCACCAAGUGGUGCCGGUCCAAGACGCAGCGAGCCGAUCCCCUGGUGUGUGCUGUUGGAAUGCUGGGCUCAGCCAUCUUCAUCUGCCUCAUCUUCGUGGCUGCCAAGAGCAGCAUCGUGGGAGCCUAUAUUUGCAUUUUUAUCGGAGAAACUCUUCUGUUUUCAAACUGGGCUAUCACAGCAGACAUACUAAUGUACGUGGUCAUUCCAACUCGCCGUGCGACCGCCGUGGCCUUGCAGAGUUUCACUUCACACCUCCUGGGAGAUGCUGGCAGUCCUUAUCUCAUUGGAUUUAUCUCCGACCUGAUCCGACAGAGCACCAAGGAGUCCCCAGUGUGGGAGUUCCUCAGCCUGGGAUACGCGCUGAUGCUCUGCCCGUUUGUCGUUGUCCUGGGAGGGAUGUUCUUCCUGGCCACUGCCCUCUUCUUCCUAAGUGACCGGGCCAAAGCUGAGCAACAGGUGAAUCAGCUUGUGAUGCCACCAGCCUCUGUGAAGGUCUGAGACGCUGCCAGUGAAGGCAAUGACAGUGGACUCCUGCUCCCACCAUGCCAGUGUCUGUCUCGAAGCCCUUCUGUUCUGGAUAGCAGUGGAUCCUUCGGCUCCACGUCCCAGAGGGGUUCUCUGGCACCAAAUCCAUGGCUCCAGCCUGCAGGGUCAGGCACCAGGAGAUGAGCAGGGAAUGUGGCAACUUCUGGAACACAAGGACAUUCACAGGGUCCCCAAGCAUGGAAACCAGCUGUCCACUGGACCCAGAAAAAGCUGCCCAAGUGAGCAACUGUAGAUUGUGUAAAUGGUUUUAGAUGUAGCCAAUGAAGUCCACACUGUUUGUAGGGCAGCUGGUGUCCUAUGGAAUGCUGCUGCUCUGCCAGCACUCCCACUCCCACAGACUGCACUAG